GAUUUUGGAGACUUUUUGUGCGUAUUUUACGCAUCUUGCCAGUGGAUGACAGCGAAAUAAACAGCUGUUGGAUCGAUAUUGCCACAUCGAUUUCUGCGGGGGCGUUAUCUCUGACUUUAAAGUCUGUGUGUUUUUUCUUCCCCCCCAAAGUCAUGCCACGUUUGAGAUUACGCCUGUGAUGGGCUGAUCCUCCUCUUGUUUUUACGCUCAGCUGCUGCGACGAGAGCUCAGAGAGGGCUGAGCCGAAAAGUUACCGAAGUUGCCUUCCCUCGUUUGCUUGGUUUCUUCUUCUUUUCUUUUUUUUUAAUUCUCACAUUUCUCCCCCUCCUGAAAAGCUUCCAGUCCUGUUGUCCGCCCCAGCAUGCCCGGCUGACGCCUGACAGGAAUGGCAUCGGCUGUGUUUGAAGGGACGUCGCUGGUCAACAUGUUCGUCCGGGACUGCUGGGUGAACGGCAUCAGGAGGCUCAUCAUCAGCCAGCGCGGGGAGGAAGAGGAGUUCUUCGAGAUCAGGACUGAGUGGUCCGACAGGAACAUUUUAUACUUGCAUCGGAGUUAUUCAGACCUGGGGAGGCUGUUUAAAAGACUGCUGGAGUCCUUCCCUGAGGACAGAAGAGACCUCUCCAAGUCUCCAAUGAUAGAAGGGCUGGUAAAAAUCAAAGAGGCGAGCGACAUUGAGGAAAAGCUGAACGAGGUGGAAAGACUACUGAAGAACGCUAUCAACAUGCCAUGCAAGUAUUCCAGGUCAGAGGUCAUGUUGACUUUCUUUGAGCGAUCGCCGUUGGAUCAGGUGUUAAGAAACGACAAAGUCCACAGAAUCCAGCCAUGCUUUCAGAGUCCAAUCAAGAUAUCAGAGAUCAUGCGGUCCAAUGGGUUCUGUCUGGCCAAUACAGAAACCAUCGUGUUUGAUCACAGUAUCCCCGAAGAAAAAGAGAGACCUUCAUCCACUGACUCUGUAGAACAUACGUAUGAGGAUGGAACAGAGUUUUUGCCAAUGGAAGCAGAUGUGUGCGACGAGGAAACAGAAGCGUACGUCACCAACCUGUCCUACUACCAUCUGGUCCCAUUUGAAACUGACAUCCUGGAAUGAGGACAUAUCUAGCAGAUGCCCGUCGAUGGAAAUCUCGUGCUAUCACUGAGAAACAUGUACUCUACAGUGGAACCGAACUAUGCAAUGCUGCACGGAGCUGCUCCGAUUCAAUGCUGCUCCGGCUUCUACGGUUGGUGCACUAUAUGCACCGGGACAUUCGAAGAAACAGCCACAACAGCAGCACCAGUUUGUCUUCAUCCACUUUAUGUGACGUCACCAGUGUGCCUCAUCCUUUUGUUGUCUCGAGACUGACUGUUAAAGGCUUUCAGGUGACGUAGCCGCAGUGGGCGUCCUCAGUCCUCAGCAACAUUUUAAAACAUGCUGCUCGGCCACUUUAAAAGGACUGAAACCUUCUAUAUGAGCGGUUUGUUGUAUGACUGCGACCGGCGGAGUGAGAACCACACAUCAGCCGAAUUUUAGGAAAUAAAUGUAACUUAUUGGACCAUUUACUCCUUUUUGAAUCGACCAGCACUCUUUGUUUUGGACUGAGUUGUUCUGUCUUUCUCAUUUAAUCUCUUACGAUGCUGUCGGCCUGGUUUGCUAAGAGAUUUAUGAUGCAUCUGCAAAGACAGAAAGCCGACGUGAAGUUUUGCGUAUGAUCUUUGUUUAUGGUGCAGCCAUCACCAGCAUUUAGCAAGUUUGUUUUCUGUUUGUGUACCAGCUUAAAACUCAUAGGAUGAGUCCUAUUUUGUUGCUGUGAUAUGCAGUUACAUGGUUGUACUCUGAGAGCCAAGUGAAACUGGACUACAUGGGUUCUAAUAACAAAAAGAUGAGAUAUUUGGCUAUUUGGUAAAAGACUAGAAGCAAAUAUUUCUAUAAGUUGGUGCACUGAGCAAGAAUCAUGAAGCUUGCAGUUUGUUAGCAUAAGCUGGAAAAUGAUUCUCCAUGGUGCUUUUGUUUCACUUGGUUCUUGGUCUACUGUCAAAUUGAAGAACGCAAAAAAGAAUUAAAAGUGUAAUUAUUGUUUUGUUGCGACGCUCUCUUUCCAAAGUGAGAACGUAAUGCUGCCUAUUUGGAUUUUUUUUUCUUUAAUGAUGUUUUGUCUGAAUAAUAAAUUAGAAUGUAAUCGUGUUAGACAUGUCGCUUGUAAUGUUGCUCAUUUUAUAUUCAUAAACAAAUAAUUGGAUUUAUGAGGGCAGAGACCGAGUGUUGCCAUUUAUGUGGAAAACUGAAUCAACUCGCUGCUGUUGUUGUUGCCCUCCGAUGAUAAAAACGGGGGCAAAGAAAGCUUUGUUUCGUGGGUCAAUUGAGGUCAUUUCUAUCCCGUUCUGUAAGAUGACAUGAGUGGGCUCGGGCAGACAGCUGACUACAGUCUCAGUGAAUGUGGGAGUCUGCAGCUCGGCCUGUGAUGGUGAAACAAGACCUCUCUUUAUCUAAGGAAGACAAACGAUCUUGCUGUACUGAAACUUUCUAUAGGAAAAGUUGCGUGAAAACAGCAAGAACUUGAUUAAAAUUCAUGCCUUUGUAUGUUUUAUAGGCCCUCCCGCCAUAGGGAGGACACUUUUAUUUCUCAAACCGAGACCGUGAAACUCGGUGGAGCGUUGCGCAUGUUUUGAACGCAACUGAAAGGCCAGAAAUGUAUAUUUGUGUAGGCUUAGGCGCCGUUGUUUUGACAGUUUUGUCACCGCGGGAGCCACUGUGGCCUUUGAAUGUAGGCUAACAGCUUGUGUCCAGGUUUCUGCCCUUCUAAACACAAAGGCAUUCAACUCUCGCAAACUUGGCACAUGAGCCUUCAGCAGAACGGCCCUCCGCAUGAGUCUGUUUAGUAACACAGUCAUGAUCACGAUUCGCCCCGUGAGAAAGUACAGCUCUUUCACAGGGUACGAAACUAUUUCAUGCUUUUAAUUUGUAGGUUUUGUCUGUCUUUGCUGCAAGAAUGACAUAUUUCUGUUGGAAACCUCCCUUUCGCAUAGAAAACAGCAUCACUUAUAGGCAAGAAUGAACAGGAUUCACGAGGAAGAAAAUGUUUGAUAUUGAAGAAAGUCUGUCUGAGUUUGUUCUGAAAAAUCACAAAAUCUACAAAGACCUCUGCCUACCUUAAGACUUUUUUGCAAGCUUAUGGCAGUCAGUGCAAUAAAAUAAAACUCAUCUACGUUUUCCGUGAAGCUAUGACUGAAAUGGUACUGAACCAAUUCAAUGCAGUGAAGGGAAUGAGUAACAAAAUGCUGGUACUUCGGUGUUUCAGUAACAUUUCCAAACAUAUCAGUAUUCCCACAGUGCCAGCUGGAGUCUGUUAAAGAGUUUAACGAGGACAGCAUGACAGAUAAAAUGAAAAUAAAAUUACACAAAAGACUUAAUUUAUUUUGUCCAACGUCAGCCACACUCUGUGAAGCUAACCAUCCUAGGUCUUGUGAUGUCUUGUAUGUGUAUGUGUCGUACGUAAGAUGAGUCUUUGGUGUGUCAAAAUGAAGUUAAUUCCAGUUACAGACUUGGAAGGUGACGUGUAUGUGUUAACAUGUUUGACAAUGUUGAAUCUAUUCAGACAGUAUUAGAUACACAUUAUUACUCUAAAAGUGUCCCAGAACAAAUAAAUAUGUUUUCAAUAAAACAAAUGUUCAUGUGA